AUGUCUUCGCCUCUGAAUAUAACAAUCAUAGGCGCCGGCCUAGCAGGCCUAGCAGCAGCCCGCUUCCUCCGCAGCAACAACUCAAACCACAAAAUCACAGUCCUCGAACAAUCUCCUGGAGGCCAUGAAGUAGGUGCCGCCUUGAGUCUGGGCCCUACAGCAAUCCGUCUCAUCGAGCCCUACGGUUUCGAUCGCCAACGCUGUCGAGCUUUAAAAGCUGUCGGAUCCAGGACCUUCGGUCCAGGCGGGGAACAGAUCCAUCACCAGGAUAUGACGGAGUUCUCUGUGCAUAAUCCGGCAGACUGGCUGAUGAUGCAUCGAGCUGAUCUGUGGGACGAACUUCUCAGGCUUGCGACGAGUCCGGCACUUGAGACAGGUGGAGAUGCUGGACAAGUGGGCCAACCGGUGGAGGUGAGGUAUGGAGUUGAGGUCGUCCGGGUAGAUGUUGAAAAUGGGGAUGUCAUGUUGGCUGGCGGUGAGAUUCUAAGGUCUGAUCUUGUGGUUGGGACCUCAGCGUUUCGUUUCAUGCUUCCCACAUCACUUAUACGCACGAUCCACAGUGAUUGGGAUGCCCUCGAUCAGGCUCGACCAGUGACUCUAGACGUCUACAUCGCCUUCGAUCAGAGUGAGCGCUCGAUAGUGCUCUACCCGUGCCGAGACCACGAGCUUAUCAACUUCGUCUGUAUUGCUCCGGAUAGCAUGCUCGGAAAACAGACUACCGAAUCUUGGACAGCUGAGGGAGAUCGCGCAGAUCUGCUGCGGUGUUUUAGUGAUUUCGGUCCUUUCAUGACCGCUUUGCUAGAAAAAGCUGAGAAUGUGAAGCUAUGGCAGUUACGUGAUCAAGAUCCGUUGCCUACUUAUGUCAAGGGUCGAACGGUACUGAUUGGCGAUGCCGCGCAUGCGAUGACACCACAUCAAGGACAAGGUGGAACCCAAUCAAUCGAAGAUGCCGAAGCCUUCACCUUGUUCGCCAAGCCCGACAUAGACCGCGCAAGCAUACCAGAUAUACUGCGAUUGUUUGACACAGUCCGAAGAACCAGGGCAUCAAAGAUCCAGAACAUCACCCGGGAAUCACGAGCACGGGAAAGUGCGGAGGAUUUGUACAAGCAUAAUUUGUAUACUUGGACGUACCCCGGUGUUGCUGAGUGUGUGCGGAAGCUGCGGGCACACAAUUGA